CAGGGGAAGACAGCGGGGGCGGGGGCGUCUCCUGGGAGCCAGGCCUGGCCUCUGCGGAGGCUUCCUCCCGGGCAGGCGGAAAGUCGAAGCGAGAGUCCCCGGGGGAAUCCCCCCACCCCACCCCGGCCAGCGACCUGGUUGCGGUCGCUUUGGGGCCCAGCCCAAGGUGCGGGUUGCUAUAGCAACCAGCUGGGGUAACCAACUUGUCCAGGUUUGCGCAGGAUGUGCUGGUUUUGGCACUCAGCACUGCAGGCCUCCAGCCCGCUGAAGCGAUCCUAUUCGGCCUCCCGCGGCUCCGGCCAGAGGAGACCUGGGAGGCCGGCCGAAGGCCGACCUUUCACACUGCCUUUUCAAUAUUAGGGUGAAGGCGCCCCGCACAGCACUUUCUCGGCCAGGCCCAAGCAUGCCAGUCCUUGUAAGACAAAGACUUCAAUGGGAGCCUUCCUCCUUAAAGCCUUGUGGUGAAGCAGCUGUUUGACACACUCAGAAGGAAGGAUGACAGCUAUACAGAGGAACACGAUGUGAAUGGAAGAGACCUGUCAUUAUGGAAACAGUACGGCACUCUGAACAUACACUAAAAACAGCUCUCAUCUCGGAGAACCCAAGGCUUGUGUCACAGUAUGAGAAGUUAGAUGCCGGGGAAAGGCGUUUGCUGAACGAAGCCUUCAAGCCGGACCAUGAUCUCUUCGGACCCAUUACCUUGCAUUCGCAAUCGGAUUGGAUCAUCUCCCAUCCUGAGGCUCCCCAAGACUUUGAACAGUUUUUCAGUGAUCCUUACAGAAAGGCACCGUCUCCAGACAAACGCAGUAUUUACAUACAGUGCAUUGGCUCUCUAGGCAACACCAGAAUUAUCAGUGAAGAAUAUAUUAAAUGGCUCAAGGGUUACUGUGAAGCAUUUUUCUACGGCUUAACAGUGAAACUCCUGGAACCAGUUCCUGUCUCUGCCACGAGGUGUUCCUUUAGAGUCAAUGAUAACACACAAAACCUACAAAUUCACGCAGGACACAUCCUGAAGUUCUUAAAAAAGAAGAAACCUGAAGACGCCUUCUGUAUUGUGGGAAUAACGAUGAUUGAUCUCUACCCAAGAGACUCCUGGAAUUUUGUCUUUGGACAGGCCUCUCUGACAGAUGGUGUGGGGAUAUUCAGCUUUGCCAGGUAUGGCAGUGAUUUUUACAGCUCCCGCUACGAAGGCAGAGUGAGCAAGCUGCAGAAAGGAUCCUCGAGUGACUAUGCAGUUUUCGAUAACUAUUACACUCCUCAAGUGACCAGUGUUCUGCUGCUUCGUUCCUGUAAGGCGCUGGUGAGGUGGAUCGAGGACGAGUCGGACAGCCCCGGAGUCAGUACGAAGCGCAGUCGUGAGGGUACCGUGGAUUUACCGAAACCCGUGGACGCCUUUAAGGAAUGGAAAGAGUGGAUAAUAAAAUGCCUUGCUGUUGUCCAAAAAUAAGGACCUUCACAUAGGAGUAAUUAAAAUAAACAUUUGCAGCCUCUGCUUUCAUUUGGACGGAGUACUUCAUUAGAAUAAACUGUUUACCGAUUCUGCCCGGUGUCAGGUAAUAGGAUGGAACCUUCUUGAAAGCACCUGAACUUUGAAAUGAGGCUUAUUUUUUUUAAUGUUUAUUUAUUUUGAGAGAGAGAGAGACACUGUGUGCGAGUGGGGGAAAGGCAGGAAGAGAGAGAAUCCCAAGCAGGCUGCAUGCGGUCAGCGUAGAGCCCGACACGGGACUCGAACUCACAAACCGUGAGAUCAUGAGGCAGACCUGAGCUGAGAUCCAGAGCCGGACGCUGAAAUGACUGAGCCACCCAGGCACCCCAUUUUAGCAUUGUGAAUGAUAGGAACUAUAAACUCCUCUGUCUUGAUAGCCUGGCCUGUGGUAGGGAGCACAUCGUUUCCAUUCUUCAAAUAUGCUUAGGUCUCGAGAGAGCCGGGACUAGCAGAUAAGUGAGUAAAUAUUCUAAAAACUGCUGCCUGUGUCCUGAGAACGGAUCUCCAAGGCACGUCAUUUCCCGGGGCUGACACUUGGUUCGUUUCCUGGAGGAGGGACUCCCUCCUUUGCACCCAGGCCGGCUCUACUCGAUCCCUUACCUGUGGCCUCUCCUUCCCAGAGGGGGGCUGCCUGCUCUCCUUUUAUUCUUUGCUGGUUGUUGGCUCCAGCCUCAAGGACGCAAUGGCACACUUGGGUUUUCGGCAGCUUAUCAAAGGUGACCUCCUGGGGCACCUGGCUGGCUCAGUUAAGCGGCUUGGUUUGGGCUCACGAUCUCAACGUUUGUGGGCUCCAGCCCUGUGUCGGGCUCCUCACUGACAGUGCAGAGCCUGCUUGGGAUAGUCUGUCUCUCUGACCCUCCCGUGCUCGAAUUCUCUCUCGCGCAAAAUACAUAAACAUAAAAUAGAAUGUGACUUCUCACUAGUUACAAGUGAAGAUAGUGGAACUUGUACUACAACAGACAUAGGAUUUGUGAGGGGUCUUGCGCAUAAUUUGCUACAACGGCCCUUAGGUUUGUGAGUGUUGGCACUUUGCCUGUAGGCUCAGAGCAGGUGUCGGGUUUAUUCCCACAAUAGUGUCUCCCUCCCUUCUCUGCACUGGGAAGUGUUUACUUGAGUAGGGGGAGGCCGUGAUGCGGUUACCUGUUGGCCCAUGAUGGCCUGCAGUGCUGGGAACGUCAGCUGGAUUUCCUCAGUGGGGAACAGGUUGAAAACCACCAACUUGACACGUCUCCUCUGAGAGAUCAAUGUAUCCUGGAAACCUAGAAAUUACGUCAGAUCAUUUAACUGAAUGCUGGUGAGGAGACUGCAUUUCUCAUGUUCCCAUCUUAACCUCAAGGGUAAAACUUCUGGGUAAUUAAACAUUUCGAUCUGUCGACCCUAAA